UUUCUGCGAGGAUUCCAUCAGACGUUCCGAGCCUUGCAGUUCCUCGUGUCAUAACUAAAUCUAAACACUGAACGGGGAUACAGAAGGCAGCGGGACUGAGGAGCUUUCACCCGGAGUGCAACGGGUGCGCCGGGGGAGGGCGCGCGUGAGCCGUGGAAGGUGUUUGUCAGUAAUUUUGUCAAAGUCCCUGUCAGGGAUGUCUAGCGAGGAGAGCUACCUGGCGAUACUGCGAUACCUGACCAAUGAGCGGGAGCCUUAUGCCCCGGGCACAGAGGGGAACGCUAAGCGGAAGAUCCGCAAGGCAGCGGCUUGCUAUGUUGUGAGGGCGGGAACUCUUUACUACCAGCGCAAGCUCAGGGAUAAGGAGGGCUUCACCGAGCUGGAAGUCGUGUUGCAACUUGAGCGCAGAAAAAGGCUCAUAGAGGCGGCGCACGUCGGCACUGGAGGGGAGCACUUAACCCGGCAUCAAACAUGGCACGUCCUGUCACAGAGCUACUGGUGGAGAGGUAUUUUAAAACAUAUGAAAGAUUACAUCAAAGACUGCAGCAAAUGCCAAGAACGGACGGACCGAUCUCGACCUUCUAAUGAUGCCUCUGAAAUGUUAGAAGAACCCGGGUUAGAUGUCCGAUCUGACACUAAUGAGACAGAUGAUGAGAGUAGCAAUCCAGCAUCCAAUACAAGCCACACUCCAAAACCUUCAAGAAAGAAACCAACUACAAAACAUGAACUUGUGUUUGUUGAUAGUAAAGGCAUUGUUAAACAGGCAUCUUCUAAACAUGGACAGACAAUCUUGGACCAGUUAAACCAGCAACGACUAAAUAAUCAGUUCUGUGACGUAACACUUCUUAUUGAAGGACAAGAAUUUAAAGCCCACAAAGCUGUCUUGGCAGCCAGCAGUGAAUACUUUAGGGAACUCUUCAUUGAAAAAGGAGCUGUUUCGAGCCAUGAAGCUUUUGUUGAUCUUUCAGGGUUCUGCAAGUCCAGUUUCCUUCCACUGCUCGAGUUUGCAUACACAUCAGAACUUAUUUUUGACUUCUGUAGCAUGGCUGAAAUUUCUAUGCUGGCUCGGCAUCUCUUUAUGAAUGAAGUGCUAGAAAUAUGUGAAUCUGUUCAUAGACAAAUGGAGACGAAUCAAAUCAACUUGUGCCAAAAAGUCGAUGUAGUAUCGGAAAACAGUUUGUUGGAUGCCAGUGUCGUGAAACUACAAGCAGUAGGGAAUAAUGCACCACCAUUAUUGGCUGAGGUGAUAAAUAGCCAAAAAACCUCUCUUUCAAAUAAUGAGAAUUUGGAAUGUGAGACUGUAGCAACUGAGACAGUUACAAAUUCUACCGAUGUUGCAGUAUCCCAGUUAUCUGAGGUUCCCACAGUGCAACUUGUCACUGGCCCUGAAGUUCACAUCAGCUCAUUGACUGGAACAGCAGCAAUAUACCUUUCAGACGUGUCCUCGGAGCUUCAACCUGCUGUCAUCAUUCCUGCAGUAAUAGAUGCAUCAAAUGUUCAGCAUCAGCAAAUAUUAGGUGAUGCUCCAGAGGACAGUACACCUGCUGAUCACAUGGAAUCUCAGCAACCUACUGGCGAUAACAACAUUGAUGCAUCUGAUAAAGUGCAGUCAGUCAUGUUCACUACCAGUGAAAAAAAGCUUUGUGCAGAGGAACCACAGCCAAAAGAUGUCAGUUUGAAAGAAAUCACAAAUUCAAACACAAAUGGAGAUCCACAAAUUAGUGUGGCUGUUGCUGAAGAAUCUUCUGCCUCCGUCAUUGAUCUAGAGACAACUUGUGCUGAAGAUGUGGUUAUUGGAAAUACAGACCCAGAACCAAAAGUAAAGAUUGGUGAAGACCCUAAAAGGAAACGUGGUAGACCUCAUAAAUCACCAGAAGACAUAGAGAACAGCAGUAAAAAAACUAGACAGAUACUGCAAUCUGGUGAGAAGUGCACAUACAAAGGAAAAUUGCGAGAUUGCUUAGUUGGAAAAGGUGGAUAUAUUAGGCUGCACCAAGGUCAAGGGAAGACACUUAAGAAAAGAAAGACAAAUCCUAAAUCUGCAGUUCAGCAGGCUGCAAUGAAACUGCUUCAAAGAGGAAAGAAAAAGAGAUUAGUGGCGCCAAAAAAACAAAUUGCAGAAGCGCAGUUCAAGUGUGAUGAUUGUGGAUUGAUGUUUGAACGCCGAUAUGCACUGAUUAUGCAUAGUGUGAAACAUGAAAAGUCAAAAGAAUUCAAAUGCCCGCUAUGUACAAAGGAGUUCCAGUACAGAGCAUCAUUACGUGCGCAUCUAAUCAGACACUCCAAAACAGGCAAAUCCGAAGUCAAUGUUGUUGAAACUGAAGGGGAUACAGUAAAGGGUGGAACAAAAAGGCAGUUUAUUUGUGGUAUUUGUGGAAGAACACUCCCUAAGCUAUAUUCUCUGAGAAUACACAUGUUGAAGCAUACUGGAGUGAAGCCACAUGCAUGUGAGAUCUGUGGGAAAGCCUUUACUCACAAGCAUGGUUUAAAAAUGCACCAAGCCUUGCAUGAAUCUCAUAAACAGUUCAAAUGUGAUAUGUGUGACAAGUCUUUUGUGACCAACCGCAGUCUUCAGGAACAUGUGAGCACUCACACAGGAGAAUCAAAGUACCUUUGCUCUGUAUGUGGAAAGCCUUUCCACCGGGCAUCUGGACUAAGUAAACACCUAAAGAAACACAAACCAAAAGUUGAGACUCGUGGAUAUCAUUGUACACAAUGUGAGAAAAGUUUCUUUGAAUUACGGGAUCUCCAACAACAUAUGAACAAGCACCUUGGUGUGAAACCAUUUGAGUGUGAGUAUUGUGGAAAAAGCUAUAGCUGGAAAAAAGACUGGUACUCCCAUGUGAAAUCGCAUUCUGUAAAAGAACCCUACAGGUGCAGUGUAUGUGGAAAAGAGUUCUAUGAGAAAGCGCUUUACAGACGACAUGUUAACAAGGCGACCCAUGGCAAGAAAGGGAGGACAAAGCUAAAUUUUGAAAAAACGUGUGAGCACUGUGGCAAAGUAUUCACUCAAUUUAGAGAAUACAGGAGACAUGUAAACAAUCAUGAAGGAGUAAAACCAUUUGAAUGCCUUACAUGUGGUGUAGCUUGGGCUGAUGCUCGUUCCCUAAAACGCCAUGUAAGGACACACACUGGUGAACGACCGUAUGUGUGCCCUGUGUGUAAUGACGGCUACAUCGAUGCUCGUACAUUACGCAAGCAUAUGACUAAAACCCAUAAGGACUAUGUACCUGGUAAAAUAAUGCUGGAGAAGGACAGUCUUCAGUUCCAUAAUCAAGGAACCCAAGUUGAGCAUGCAGUAAGCAUAUUGUCUGCUGAGCUGGAUGAGCCACAAGCAGAAAUUGUUACUGAAGAGAUUGAGACAGUUAUGGUUGCUGAAGAAGCAAUGGCACAGCCACCUAUCUGCACAGCUGUUUCAUCACUUUCUGACCAAAGCAUCAUGCAAGUAGUAAAUUAUGUUCUUUCCCAGCAACAGGGACAACCAAUUACUGAUGUGGCUGAGGAGUUAGAGACUGUUGAAGUGGAAGUUGGUCAAAUAUCAGAAGUGGUAUGACCACAGAUGUGUUACUUUCAAAUGUUUGAACUUUGGCACUUACCCAGGACUUUAAGCUGUAAUGCACAGUGAUGCACCAGCACUAAACUAAACUCAUUGACAUCAACAUCAUAAAUGUUUCUAGAAGUUGGCUUUUUAAUUGCUUGUGUUAACAGAAAACAUCAAAAGUGGUUCUUCUUCUAAGGUCUUCAUCUGUAAAAAUGUUAAUUUCUUCUGAAUGGUCGACUUUUUCUAAAAAGUGGAAUUAAACCGACAUUUCCUUUCAAUGUAGUUAAAGAUAUGUGUUCAAAUGAUGUUGCUUAAAAAUGUCUUGUUUUCCACUGACUGGGUCACCUCGUGCAAGCAAAUUGAUUGCAUUCAUGCUCAUGUUAUAAA